AUGUGGUCAUGGCUGGUCGAUUUCAUCGUCAGUGUUCUUCAUAUGCCGCAAUUAUUGCUGCCGGUGAUUGGACUUUGUGUUGGAGGGGUUUUUGCGGACAGUCAUAGUAUGGCAAUCAUGCUUAUUUUGAUGGUAAGUUCAGUAAAACGGAAGGGAAAAUAGCAAAUUUUGCAAAAUCAAAAAAUUUUCGAUUCUCUUGAAAUUUUGAGUAGAUACUUUUUACACUCCGUAAAGCAAUCCCUGAAAAUUUUAGCUCACGAUUUGCAGGGAGAGCCGAGAUAUUCAACCAUCUUUUCGACGAGAGAGCACGCGAAGUGCGGAGAGCGGUCAGAGACACACGCGCUUUUUUCGACCAUAUCUUGGCCAAUUUCGCGCAGAAUAAGUCGAUUUUUUGCAUAAUCAUUGCAGCCUCCAGUAGAAAUAAGGCUGUAAUUUUUCAAAUUGUAAUCUUGCCAAAAAAACUCGAAUUUCCACCAACCUUGGGCAAAAAAAUCUCGGUUGUUUCUGCAAACUGUGGCCUAGUAAUCUCACAUAUUUCUUGGCAAAUCAUAACCUGCAUUUUAGCCAAGUUUGGUAUCAAUCUGUCGGAAAAAUAAUGUGUAUUUGUCGCGCCUUGGAAUCUUCCAUUAUCGCGUUGCGACGGCUAGAAAUGUGAUGCGUGGCUGCGACGAGGCGAGAUUUUCGAUACCACAGAGUGCUCAUUAUUUUCCCGACAGAUUCAUAAAAAUCCAAGCUUCAUUUUUACCCUGUAAAAAACCUGUUCCAGAUAUCUUUUGUAAUCGCCAUGUGUGGCACCGGCCUCUCCGUCAUCACCGCGUUUUCGUAUCGCUUGGUUGUUGUGAAAACCGGCAAAGACAUGACAAAAUAUCCAUCAAUAUUGAUUGCUAUUUUGUUGGCGCAUAUUCUAGUGCCGGCUGCAAUUUGCGCUCCUAUGAUUUAUGCGGUUCUUUAUGAUGUGCAUGCGGUCGAGGAGGAAAUUCGAAGGGUAAUUUUGAAUUUCGAAGAAGUCUACGACAUUUUUCAGCAACACCUGGGCGUCUACAUGUACAUGGAAGGACGUACAUGCAGUUUUUUGUCCAUCAAUUUGACACCUUAUUCGGUGAGAGAUUAG